AUGUCACAACGACCGAAGGUGGGUUCGGCUGCGGUGGCGGCAAAAUACGAACAGCCCUUUCAGGUACGUCACACAUGAACUGGCCCCCAUCAGUUGUACCAGGUUACAGUGAAGGUGACUCGGAUCUCGGACGAAUGAAAAUGUCACAUGGGCCGCAGGGAGGAGGGACUUUACAGUCUAACUCUCAAUUCUGAGAAUGACCGAAUAAUCCCGUCAGAUAGCAAGCUUCAAAGCCACUAGUUUUGGUGCGUGGUGACAGAUUCAAGUAAGUCAGACUUAUUACAGUGAGGAAUGCGCUGAUUUGCCAUGAAGGUGGAUUCCCCAUUGUCGACCUCACUGCCUCUUUUUUUUUCUCACGCAUUGGUCGACUGUCCGAGUCUGUCAACUAGCUGAUGUUGGGAUUGCGUCAGGUGUGGGUCUGCGCCUAGGUGUGCAACGACACUUUCCCUCAUGUCCGGUAGUAGUUGUGGUUUCGCACGGAAUUUGUGUAGCCUGAUUAGUGUGUGCCAUGGGUCAGUCUGACCCUUGACUUGUUCUAUCGCACUUACAGCGGAGUCUGUUCUGUGGACAAACGUAUCCAAUGAAAUGCCUAAUUUUGUUGCUGCUCCACCCAACUUUUUCUGAUACUAGCCUCCGGCGGUAACUCCUGUAAUGCUUCUGAGUCACCCACUGAGUGGGGCAUAUUUCAUUUUUACACCUCCGGAUCUGAGUUUUGUAAAUCUUUCCUGCCGUAUCCUUUUCUUUUUUGUGCAUCACCGCAACAAGUUCGUCGCAUAUAGCGACUCUGUCAGCAGAUGCGAGUUUUGAACCCACAAAUUUCUAGAAUUCUAAAACAAUGUCUUUUCAUGUCCAACUACCGAUUUUUUAUCUACAGAAAAAGAAGAAGAGGCUUUGAUCAUAAGGACAUAUAGCCCAUCUAAUCAAUUCAGCGCAAAAAUUACUCUUGUUAAAUUUGGUAACCUGUUAAAUGACUGACAUAUGAGCACUUGCUUCAAAGGUUCCCAUCAACAGACAAGAUGCUGUCUCUAGUGAGCCGAUGCUCCAAGCGGCCUUCUUAUUUUUUCCCGUUAGACGAACCCUUUGAGUUCAGGACAUAGUAUAAUUCCGCUCCUCAAAUACAGCCUUAUAUUUUUGUCGAAUGCAACUAGAACCGUUUUGACCUGAUGAAGAGUUACCGAAAACACGUGUUUGCCAAAUUGACUUUUCGAAUACGACUGAAUCAAAGUGAUACCUAUGCACUGGAGUAAGAUUUUCGGGUGCAGCCGCGGCAUUUAACCGCAUGAUAUCGAUAAGGCUAAAAUCCAGGUUUAAAGUGUGUACUGGAAAUGUAGGGAAACAGCCUUCCAGUUGUAAAGGACUGUUUAUACUUAGGCGGUUGCAAACAGUAUGCCUCCUUUGCAGUGUGACUGUACUUUUUGACUUUUGCUAUCCAUUCUCGUUGCGUUUUAUACUGUUAGAGACAGCUCGAGUGUCUUUAUCCCUGUGACAGACAUUCAGUACAAAACAAGGCGCUGUUUCACAGCUUCAUUACCGUCAUUUCUCAUUUAAAGGGACAUUUGGACGUUUGUUGGUAUCUCACUUAUUCAAAAUCGCUGUAAAAGUGAUUUUUUUCCAGGACGGUUUUCGAAGUAUUUUUUAAUGUUUUGGUGAGGCAUAGUUUGCAAUGGGCUCUGACUUAGCAUUUUGUGUCGUCCAGUGACCACAUCACUUUCCAUCUUUACCCCGAUUUACUAGUCCGUCAGUGCUGAUUAAUUUAAAGAAACAAAAAUCCACUCCAACGUUUUUCCGCAUUGUUUAAAGGGAUUGGGCGAUUUUAAAAGCGUGGUGUCUAUUUAUGCAUAACGGCCCAAAGAAAACUGAAAUCUAGGACAAAUUUUGUAGACGGGGAAUUCAGUAGGCUCUCCUUAACUAAAAACACUGUAAAACCAGGCAGUUUAUUUUUGCUUUUUACAGGUUUCAUGGUGACUUUUAGAAAAUAACUAAAACUGCAUGGUUAAAAAAAGCAAAUCAUAAAAAAUUAUGCACAGGCAAUGAAUUUUCCAGAGUUUCGCGCAAAAGUAAAUAACACAAUUGUCUGAUUCAUGCCACUAAUUGAUACAUGGUCGAGAUGGACAUGGUUUUAGAUAAAAGAAAAAAGAAAAUUUACAUUUUGCAUGUUAAUGGGCAUCGCGUAAUCCAGUUAACCAAAAGGUAUGCCGCCGAAUAUGACCGUGGCAUUAGCAGGCUACUCUGACCGUGGGUUGUUGCUUCCGUUUCCGCUAACUUCGUAAAUUGGCUAACAUUCCUUACUUCGUGACCCUUAAAACCCGCCACUUUUUCUCAAGAUGACUAUUCUGAGGGAUUUUCAGGCAAAACUUCAUUUGUAAUGUUACGUUGAUAGGCAUAGUAAGGCGUCUAGAAUCGUGCCUGUAACUCGCUAGGACAGGCUAUAUGGAGGGGUGAUGUGAGAAAAAUAAAAAAAGGUAAAAGUGGACGACUCAGAUUGCUUGACUGUCAACAACCAACCAUUUCCCAAGUUGGGAUGACCAGAAACUUGAAGUCCGGUUGAAGUAAACGACACACCAUUAAGUAACCGAUACGUUGUGGGAGUUGCGAUCGAGAACAGUCAAAGCCACCAGGAAAUGACUUAUGGAAAUCCAAUUUGAUAGCCGGAACAAUAGCCAAGGCGGCGUUACUCAGUGUAACUCCCUUAGGGGUACCCCUUCUCGCUCAUUAAUUGCAGCUCUCUAUGGGUCCAUCUGAUGGGCUCCAGACCGAGUGAUUCAAAGCGAAAGUGAAUGCCCUUAUCACGAUUCAACAAUAGGCGAGAAUUCUAAUAUCAUUCUCCUAGGAAUUUAGAAAAACAACAAAUGCAACUUCCACAAUUCCCUUCUGAGUUUCAUUUGGAGUUUUUCCGUCUUGUGAGGCAUUUUAGUUGCAACUGACUUCCCGCAUAGACGUGUUUCAUUCUCCUUCCCGGCGACAGAAAUUUUCUGAUGAAAAAGCUUCAUAACAAAAUCUUAACGGUUUGGAGUCCGACAUAUGGACGAACAAUGUCCUAUGUAAUGAAAUAUAUUUUAAGUCGAAAAGCGAUGUGAUGCAUUCCUGAACAUUUUCCGACUAGCAGAUAUUACAUUUCCAUAGAUUCAGUCAAGUAAAUUUUCGUAUAUAUUUAGUAUCUCAAGAUAAUAUUAAUUAAAAUUGAAAACGAAACCGCACAAGGUACAGUCAACUUAUACUUAAACAAUAUUCUUAUUAGGGACGGAGUGUUUACCACUUUCAAAUCUCAUCAAACUGGAUCUGACAAAAACACUAUUAAUAAUUUCAGAGAAAAAGGCGAUCACAGGAACAACUGCGUUUUGGGGUCCAACACUUCGAAUGACACACGGCUGUUAAUAAUCAAAGACCGGCCGCCUACCCUGGCACGAGCGCUAUACUGUAGCCAUUAUAACAACUCUUUAAAAACCAGGAAAACCGAACCAGUCAGGAAGGGAAACAACCGCAUAAAUUUCAUACGCACCUGCCAAAAUCUCGACCAACUGCGCAAUGCCAGCCGGAAUAAAAAUGUCCAUCAAACUUCUUUUUUAUAUAACCUGCUAUAUUCCACUCGACAGAAUAAAGUUGGAGGGCUUCAGCCGCUGUAUUGACGGCCUCCUGUUGCAUGCUCUCUGGCAUAUCCGAACUCCGGACGACAGCACGAAACUGUGUUGUCAUGACUACGGGGCGACACUGGUAACAGGGGAUUAAAUCUUUUGGGGAGAAUAGCAGUCGUCGCAGCAGCCAGGCUGCCAGAGAAAAUAGUCACUGUUGUGAGAAUGCUUAACGCAUCUGAUAGCAUAAUCAUCACCAGAGUCUCAUGUACCAGGCGUCAGUGGGAGCCCAAUCGAAGGAGCAGGGGUAAGCGCCAAAAGACAACACAAGCAGUCAGUUCAAAAUCAUAGGUAUGUAGCAGUCACGCGGUCAUGCAGUAAUCGAAUUAGCAGCGGCGGCAUCAGAAAAUUAAUCAAGUUCACCAGCAAGCCCAGUUAAAAAGGGGGCGUGAUACAUACUGUGGUCACAGACACAUCUUUGGCGUUUAGCCGAUGUAUGGAUCCACAAUGGCCCCAAGAACAAUUUGCCUGUGAUGAAGGCUUUGAUGUCAUAUAGAAGAAGAUUAAGGAAAAAUUAACUGAGUUUCAUAACAGAUAAGAGUCAGUAUAUUUAAGUGGAGUAGUAACAAGACUGAGUUCACAUUAAUCCAUGCAAAAGCAAGAGUAGAGCCGCAUUUAUGAUUUUUGUUUUCCCUUGUACUCAUCUCAUCUUGGAAAAGGUGUUUAUUUACGAGACGUGUUUUUACUGAUUUAUGUUGCCUUUAAAAGAUGAACCAAAAUUGUGCAGGAUAGAGAAAUAACUAACCACAGGCAACUUCUGGGAUCUUUAAACCUAUAAUUUAAUCGUUAGAAGUAUAGAAAUGUCUACCAGAGCUUUUACAAGCAUUUAUAUAAAUGUACCGAUACUCAAAUAUCGUUAAUAUAGACGUGACUGGAUAGUUUACAGUUUUUGGGGUAUCCAAGGUGUCCUGUAAGAGAAUGAAGCGUUUCAUAGAUCAGUAAGCGGUGCGUUUGCGCAUAACGUGGUCCGUUAACGUCUAGAAUGUGUUAAAGAAGCGGACAAUUGAUUUCGAGAUCAAAAAACCGAAGUGUUCCACGGUUGGGACACUUGUAAGGACAGGUGUUGGAAAUUUGCCUCUGAGUUGGCUGAGCCACAAAGUUGCCAAAAUCCUUUUAUUUUUAAUUUGCGUAUGGAGGGCAUUCUAAUAUGAGCUUUCGCACGCAACUUUAUUGAUGGCCAACUUUCCUAGAAGCGACCGCAAACGGCGGAUUUUCAGUUAGAAUUUUUAAGACGGGUGAUAUUUUAUUUAUAGGUUUACAGAAUGAAAAAAAAACUGGCUUGAUAUUUAAUGCCCACUAUUUUCGAUUAGCAGUCUCGCAGGUGACGGCGACACAUUUAACCAAAAGCUUCUUUGUCCUUAUGUACGUUAGAUAUGCUGUCAUAUGAGAUAUUAGCGGAGAUUCGAAAUGUGUUUUCAAUUCCAUAAAAUUACAUAGAUAGGGUUGUCAUGUUAGAUAUCAUUUUGUACACUGCCAAGAUAUUCUACUCUCGUCAGGAUGCCAACUUUCAAACGGGUUUCGUAUCAGCCGUGACGUAAAUAAAAGUCCGUAAAAUAACAAUUUAAGCAGCAUAAAAUUUCCCAUUGAUUUUAAGUACCCUUAUAAAUUUAAACAUAUUUUACAGAAAGCGCCCACAAGGCAUAAUUUAUCUUACUCAUUGGACAAAACUUUACGUCUUUAAAAUGUAUGCUUGAGAAAAAAUCUUUCGAUUAAAAAAUUUCUCACUUUCGAUUAAUUUUGAACCUGUCCUCCAAUUACACUUACAUUUAAAGUUUCCAUACCACAAGCUGUGUACUUCUGGUGUUAGGAAAGUUAUACAUCUCUAUAUAUGUAAAGUAGAGGUCAUAUAAGACUCAUAAAAUUUUACGACGCACGUGGACUAUGUUGUUCACUUCUUAAGCGGCAUUAGUAAAUGUGCUAAUGCGAUAAUUUAUAAUUGGACAUUUUAUGGCCUUGAAACAUUUCAAAAUUUGAGGCUUUUCGAAACCAAAAAGACACUCUUUCUUCAAGCAUCAAAUUUGGAAAAGGCGUAAUUUUUUACUAAAUGGGUAAGGAAAAGAGUAUUUUUGUGCAUCGUUUGGUCAGAUGGGGUUAUGUGGUCGCACCUGAGGUAAAUAAAUCUCAGCCACCUAUAAUACGGGACCGGUGGUAAGAGGCGGUUUUUAGAGGUGAGGUCGGGAAACCCACAGGCGACGAGGCCAAAUAAUUGUAUGCAAAAGAAAAGCUAUCGGGAAUGCGUGGUUGUACUUUGAGUAAUUGAGAAAUAGCUGCCCCAACCCCUAACCCUAACGACUAACCCUGAUUCCUAAACCCAACCCUAACCCUUAACUGCAGCCAUGAAGUCUAACCCUGAAACAUCCAACGCGAUAGUUAGGAGGAGAGGACAGGCAGAAAGUCAAGACCACCAGCAUUGAGCUGGAAAAGAUAGACACGGACACAAAGAAAAAAGUCCGCCAACAGAACACACACCGCAGUGCACAGCAACACCACGCCAACGUAAUCACACCAACUCGAAAUAAUUGAGUAGGUCAACAGUAUCGUGUCCGUCAGGUGUGGUUACAUAACCACAUCUUACCCACGGUUUCUACAAAAUACAGUUAAAUUUAUAAGUGCAUUGAAAAUCAGUAGGAAAAUUAGCAUUGAUUGGGUAGUCAUUUUUCGGAAUCUAGUUAAUGCAGGCGCCCGAUAAGAAGCCCGUUUAAAAGUCGGCAUCCUGAAGUGAUUGGUAUAUCUUGGCACUACACAACAUGAUAAUUAACGUAACAACCCUACUUAAGUGAUCCUUUCGAAUCGAAAAUGCAUUUCGGAAUUUCGGUUAACAUUUCAUGAGAUAGCAUAACUGCUACAUAGUGAACUUUUUUAUCGCACGUAAAUCUCGUCAACACCGCGGAGCGGCUUAGAUAACCUUUCGCACUAAACAGAUAUUCAGGGAUUUCAACAAAUUUUACGCAAUAUUCGACGUCCUCGUGACCUCAUUUUGAUGUUUUAACAUCCAAUUUUCAAUUCCUCUCUCACUAAACCUUAGAAGCAUUGUUCUAAUUCAACAUUUCUAACAUUUUAUUAUUGAAGGAUGGCAAUACUCGCGCUCAGCAUGGCAAAAAGUCAACAACACUUUGGGACAGCCUCAUCAGCGAAAAGUCGGCAUGACUUGAAUUUUUGAUAAUAUGACACACGUUUGUCAUCAAAUAGCCAGGAUAAACUGAGAUCCAGAAGUCAAAAGUGCGAAGAUAGUUUGUGAAAUCCUUUGCCGCAAGGGGCUUCACUGACGGCACUAAGUAAAGUGAUGGCGAACAAGAGGCAGUAGUAAAUAGGACCUCCUCAACUGAACUUAAGACAUACAUUAGGCCAGCGGGAUGGAAGAACGCCAAUUAGGCAGCCCUCCAUCGCAGAUGGUUGCUUUUGUUGCGAUAAUUAUUUUAUAGCCGGCAUUCGAAUCGGCAACACCUCAAUUUCCUUAGCUGUUUUGGUUGUUGGCAUGAUAAUUACUCGGCCAUCUGGAUUACCAACGCUGGCGUUGCGACCAGUGUUCGCCUGCGCGCUCCUCGGGUGGAACAGGGUCAAGUCAAUCAUGUCAUUGACAAGGGGAAGGCGGGCAGGGGUGAUAAGAGCCAAUGUUAGAGGCGGGGCGGGAGAGGAAAGGCUCGGAGAGUUGCAUGCAGUUAUUCGACGUUUGACCUCGAGCAUAGCUGAAGGAGACCCUAGAAAUCAUGCAAAAAGCUUCGCUGGGGUCCACACAACACCCAAAGUCAACAACAUGUGCGAGAAUACCGCUAUUCAUGACCCUAGGGGUAUAGGGAUGUCAGCGGUGGGUUCACGUAAUGGUCGUGGUGGUCGCUCAUUUGCUUGCAGGUGAAACUGCGCCUAGCGUCCACUUGCUGGCACUCAACGCUCACAUGUGGCUCCACGUAGCUGGACUUGUUCAGCGGCCAUAGCCCGGGCAACCGUCUCGACCGGCGGGCUAAACCAGGUGAGGGGGCUCUGUGCGCUGUGUCGUGUGCACAGGGUUUGCGGAUUCCGCUGGAUGGAAGGUCGGAUGGAACCUUGCGUCGGCACCGUCGUGACGUGGUUCGUCUUUGCACGCCGCUGGACAGCCGGUGACGGGAUGGAUCUCCACAUCGACAUCGCCUUGACGCGCCCACCUACGCCGUCGGAGACUGCGGCUUAUGGCGAAUUCGAGUCGCUCUCCACUACAACCCGAAUUCGUGGUCCCAUAGUGGAGUUCAGCCGUGCCACAACGGCACAUGGCAGCCCUAUUCAGGGAUGGCACUGCAAGCCCCCACGAGGGGAAGGGCCUAGAAAAGGUGGCCUAAACAUUGCUGGGUACCACGCCGUCUCCAGGCUAGCCAGGGCCGCAGACGUCUUAUCAUGGUCGAAACAAUCAAAAUCGAAACAACUACAAUACCAAUAACAACAACAACAACCAUACUCAUUCUCCUCAUCCUACCUCUUCUUCCUCUUCCUCUGCCUAUUCUUUUGCCUAUUCUUCUCCUUCGUCACCUUCUUCUCCAUCUCCUUCCCGUCGUCCCACUCGUUGUCACCAGAUUGGCAGGGUGAGCCCUCUCACUCUGGCAGCCUGGAAUGUUCGUUCCCUUUUAGACAAUCCGAGGAGCAACCGACCGGAACGGAGGACGGCGCUAGUAGCACGAGAACUGGUGCGCUACAAGGUGGACAUCGCCGCACUCAGCGAGACCCGAUUCUCCGAACAAGGCCAAUUGGAGGAGGUGGGUGCCGGCUACACCUUCUUCUGGAGCGGUCGACCCAGGGCAGAGCGACGGGACGCGGGUGUCGUCUUCGCCAUUCGGAACGACAUCGAGGGACGACUGCCCUGUUUGCCGCAGGGCAUCAACGAUCGCCUGAUGAGCCUCUGCCUGCCUCUCUGGGGAGGCAAAUUCGCCACCAUCAUCAGCGCCUACGCUCCGACGAUGACCAGCCCCGACGCCGCCGGAAGAGACAAAUUCUAUGAGGAUCUGCACGCCCUCUUGGCGACUGUGUCGAAGGCGGACAAGUUGAUUUUCCUUGGUGACUUCAACGCACGCGUCAGCACAGACCAUACUGCCUGGAGAGGAGUGCUGGGUCCCCACGGUCUCCGCGGCUCAAACGACAACGGUCUGCUGCUUCUCCGCACCUGCGCAGAACACCGCCUCAUCCUGACGAACACGUUCUUCUGUCUGCCGGAGCGAGAGAAGGCCACCUGGAGGGAUCCUCGGUCGCGCCAGUGGCACCUGCUGGACUAUGUCCUCGUCCGGAGGCGAGAUCAGCGGGACGUGCUGGUGACGAAGGCGAUCGCGGGUGCUGACGGGUGGACCGAUCAUCGCCUCGUCAGCUCGAAGAUGCGUAUUCGUCUACAGCCUUGCAGGAGACCACAAGUUAAGCGAUCCCCGGGUAAGCUGAAUGUUACCUUGUUGUCUUUGCCCGCUCACCAUCUUCAUUUCAGCAAUGAGCUAGCUCAACGGCUAGACAACCUUCCUAUCGCUGCCGCCGACGACGACGCCGCCGCCACUGCCGAGAACGCCUCCGUGGAGAACCGCUGGUGUCAACUGCGAGACACUGUCCAGUCGACGGCGCUCGCAGUCCUCGUUCGCGCUCCCCACCAACACCAGGACUGGUUCGACGACAACGACGCCGCCAUCAGAAAUCUGCUAGCUGAGAAGAACCUCCUACACAAAGCCUACGUAGAUCACCCCACUGAUGCCACCAAAGCUGCCUUCUACCGCAGUCGCCGCCACCUUCAGCAACGACUGCGCGAGACGCAGGACACCUGGACUGCUCGCAAAGCUGAGGAGAUCCAAGGGUCCGCGGACCGGAACGAAUGGAAGAACUUCUUCUCUGCGAUCAAAGCUGUCUACGGUCCGCCGACGAAAGGCACUGCUCCUCUCCUCAGCGCCGACGGCAACACUCUCCUGACUGAGAAGACGCAAAUCCUACAGCGAUGGGCCGAGCAUUUCCGAGGCGUCCUCAACCACCCCUCCGUCAUCUCCGACGUCGCCAUCGAGCGUUUGCCGCAAGUGGAGACCAACGUGGACCUCGACCUUCCGCCAUCUCUACCGGAGACCAUCAGGGCCGUGCAACAGCUCUCCAGCGCAAAAGCACCCGGAUCGGACGCAAUUCCUGCUGAGGUCUACAAGCACGGAGGUCUCCAACUGAUGGAUUACCUGACUGCGCUCCUCCAAGAGAUGUGGCGUCAAGGUGAAGUCCCGCAAGAUUUCAAAUACGCAACCAUCGUGCAUCUCUACAAGCGAAACGGCAACCGCCAAAUCUGCGACAAGCACCGUGGCAUCUCCUUGCUGAACAUCGCCGGGAAGAUCUUCGCACGAAUCAUCCUCAACCGCCUCAAUAACUAUCUCGAACAGGGCCUUCUGCCGGAAAGCCAAUGCGGCUUCCGUCGUCAUCGUGGGACCACGGAUAUGAUCUUCGCCGCUCGUCAACUUCAGGAGAAGUGUUAG